ACGUCUCCUUCCUUCCAAAAUCUCUGUCAACGAGGAGAGGGGGCGGAAAAAAAAAACCCUAACCCAAAAAUCAAUGGCGGAGGCGACAACCGAACCGGCGAUCGCACCGGCACAAGAGAGCGAAUCGGCCGGUACGAACCGGGCGCCACACAAGCUGGAGAGGAGGUGGACUUUCUGGUUCGAUAACCAGUCGAAGCCCAAGCAGGGCGCAGCUUGGGGAUCCUCGAUGAAGAAAAUCUACACCUUUGAUACCGUUGAGGAGUUCUGGGUAUUGUACGAUCAAAUAUUCCGGCCCAGCAAGUUGCCAGGAAAUGCUGAUUUCCACUGUUUUAAAACUGGGAUAGAACCAAAAUGGGAAGAUCCUGAAUGUGCUAAUGGUGGAAAGUGGUCUGUUACAAGCAGCAGAAAGACCAACCUUGAUGCCAUGUGGCUUGAGACGCUAAUGGCUUUGAUUGGGGAGCAAUUUGAUGAAAGUGAGGAGAUAUGUGGUGUCGUUGCAAGUGUUCGUCAGCGGCAGGACAAGCUUGCACUAUGGACUAAGUCAGCGAGCAAUGAAGCUCUUCAGAUGAGCAUUGGAAAGAAAUGGAAGGAAAUCAUUGAUGUUCAAGACAAAAUCUUUUACACCUCCCAUGACGAUUCGAAGAGUAGAGAGAAGUCAAGCCGAGGUGGACGAUACAGCGUGUAGGUUUUGUUGUAUCUUUCGGGGCGACGAUCUCUUUGAAAUUUUCGGCGAACUCAGCCAACAUGAAUUUCUCUUUGCCGAAUGUUGUAGACGUCUAUGGAUGAGUUUAAUGUUGUUUUCUGUGCACACACCCUCCUCAUGGGUAAAUUCUCAUGUCACCUUAAGAAAAGAUUGAUUGUGGAGAGGGAUUGCUAUCCGAUGCCUUUGUAUUGCUUUAUUACCAGUAUCUGAGGUUUUUUAACCUUCACUAAAAUAUGGAAAGUAUGAGUUGGACUUGAUGGGAUUU